ACGCAGACAGAGUGUGUGACCUCUGACUUUAUAUGCUGUGGACGCACGACUGGCUGGACCGUAUUGGCUGAUUAGCAGAGUGGAAAGGUUUGGAAUAUUAACAGAGCUUGGCUUUCCUGUGAUUCCUUGGCUGAGAGUCAACUGACAAAACGUGGUCGCUGUGUGACGGAAAGAGGAGGGGGUGGGCGAGCACGAGAGAGAGAGAGAGAGAGAGAGAGAGAGAAUGCACUUUGAACAUAAAUAAGGGUCUAAAAGAGAGAGAGCAAGACAGAGAGAGAGCGAGCGAGAGAGAAAGAGCGAUCCAAGGACAGACGGCACUGAGGGGAGGGAAACGCACACGCUCUCACGGUCUCAGAGACAGAACAGAGCUUGAUUUUGAGAGAAGGAUGCUUGCGACAUCAAAGGCACAUUGAGGACAGGACGAUAGCUCCUAAAGCUGCUGAGACAAAUACAUGCCAAGGACUACGGAGAGAGAGAGAGAUCCCAGAGGGAAAGACAGCAGUGCUUCAGAGAGACCACAACAGGGUGGAGGAGACCACAUCCAUUGCUAGACCUUUAACAGGACAUAAAAAGCAAGCCCUCACAGCUGCAUCCUCCUCUGAGCUCAGAGACGUCCAGUCCGUCUGUCCCCUGUGCUUCUGUGGACGGCAUCACGAGAGGCUGAGCAGCAUGAGCGAGGCAAAGAAAGGGGAGCUAGCGAUCCGGGAUAAAGCCAUCCUGCACCAGCAGCGGCGGCUGAAGCAGGCCACGCAGUUCACACACAAGGACUCGGCUGACCUCCUGCCCCUGGACGGGCUGAAGAGACUGGGCACGUCCAAGGACUUGCAACCUCACAGCAUCGUCCAGCGACGCCUGCUGGAGGGGAACAUCACGCGCCUGCGCGGGGAGGCCCGCGACGCCAGCGCCCGGGUCCGCUCACCGCUGGCCGACGCCAAGGACGGCGCCGCCGACAACGACGAGCGCAGCGAGAGCACCGCCGACGACUCCACGGAGGAGAGGGAGUCUCUGGAGGAGAGCGAGAGGAGCCUGCGGUCGGACGAGGAGGACGACAGCAGCGAAGCGGGGGCCCGGCACGCGGCGGAGAAGCCCGAGGGCCCCGAGGACCCGGACGUCCUCGCGGCUCUGGUCGUUCAGUGCAAGUGCUGCGAGACUGAGGUCAAGGCGUCCAUCAACACCGGCAGCCAACACAACCACAUCUCCGCCUCCUGCUGUCAGCAGCUGGGACUAGUGCCGGGUCCGGACGGCUCACCGCGUGGAGGCAGCGGCCUAGUGACGGGGCUGCGGCUGCAGCUGGGCAGACAGACGCUGCAGUGCUCAGCUUACGUCCAAGACGAUGAAGCGUUUGACCUGCGCCUGGGUCUUCAGACUCUCCUGGAACUUAAAUGCUGCCUGGACCUGAGUGAGCGGGUCCUGAGGCUGCGGGGCUGUGAGGACCAGCUGCCCUUCCUGAACCCUCCCAGGAGGAGCCGGUGCCGUCACGACUCCAACGAGAACCUGUGAGGCCGCGCCGACGGCGGCCGGCGCUUCUCUGGACCUCCAGCGCUCGAGGCGACGUCGGCGUCUGGACGUGGAGUCAGAACGCGGUGCAGAAGCCGAGUUUACAUCGUGGUGUUCGUAGAGUUAAGACGUUCAUGAUGAGCCCGAUCAUUCUUCUAAUUAUCUUUAUAGAAUUCUAGAACCAGUUCCUCCGUUGCGCUGCUUGUGUGCGGUGGUUAUAAUACGUUACAGUGGACGGUUUUGUGAUUUGGCUGCACGGAUAUUACUUUAAAUCAUUAUGUGAGCAAACAUUAAUGUCAUUAAGUUCAACACCAGGUCCACGUGAGCAAACAGGGGGCAGCAACUGCCGGACCUUCAGAGUCUUGGAAAGUGUUCAGACGCCAGUCAUCUACAACUGCCGGUCCUCAGGACCGCUUCUCCGUCAGUCACUGCGGCCUCCGAUGAUCUGCUGUGGCUCCCUGAGUCCCUUCUGACCGCAAAACAGACUGGGUCCAGACAAACACGAUUCCCUGUGCAUGACUUUGUAAAGUUCUGCCUUUGUACAAGUCUGCAUGUUGAUGUAGUCUUCAAGUUGAAACUCUGAGGGGUUGUGUGUGUGUGUGUGUGUGUGUGUGUGUGUGUGUGUGUGUGUGUGUGUGUGUGUGUGUGUGUGUGUGUGUGUGUGUGUGUGUGUGUGUUUUCUGCCUCGUUACGGCUCCAACCUCCCCGACCGGCCCACGGGCUCCGGUCUGGACCAGCUGCCUCCCUCUCGGCCCGUUUCAGGGGGUUUCACUAACCCGGCUGACUCGUGUACAGACUCUGGCUCCACACCUCCUGUUCGCUGGUCGGCCUGUGGCCGGAGCAGCGAGCUGAUGGUCUCUGCCUGAGACGAGCUGACUGAAGGGCGCCGUGCUUCAGGUUGGGUCCAUCCCUUUCAGGGGACCACGCAUAGACCGGCUACGCUCGCUCCGAUUCGAUGUACUAGUGACCUUCCUACGCCGCAUAAGAGAAAUUAAUGUCUGACAGAAAUUUAUUUUUGGUGUUUCUCCUCUUCUGAACAGUAUUUUCUCUGCCUAAUUAAAUCUGUAUUCUGGCUA